AUGAAUGUGACUACGCGGUCGCUGUCGCAACUUUGCAUUCAUCUCGCUUGUAACGCAACAAAUUCGCUCCAGAUUUUUUCUUGUUUGUCGAGGGCAGCUUCUGUAGUGAGGUGAACUCUCAUUCGCGGUAAUAUGUCCUUCUUUGGCCGUAGGCCCAAAAGAUCUCCAACACCCACAGGAUCGUUGUCACGACAGAACUCAUUGACGGAGGGUGAUGGUUCCAACGCGAAACCGUUAUAUCUCUGUAGUCCUUUCGCUGACGCUGCGUUGGUCAAUGGUAAUUUCAAAACAAUCGUAAUGUUACCCAAGUAUGUCGACGUUAUGGAAUGGGUUGCUGUCAACAUUUACGAUUUCUACACAAAUCUGAAUGAAUUUUACGGGUGCAUCACGGAAUGUUGCACGCAGAGUUCGUGUCCUACAAUGUCUGCAGGCUCGAAUUUGAACUAUCUCUGGACAACGCCAGAACGAAAGCAGGUCUCACUCUCAGCGCCGACAUACAUCGAUUCGGUCAUGUCCUCUGUCCAAAAUCUCUUGGAAGAUGAAAAUGUUUUCCCUACCAAGUCAGGUCAGGACUUCCAUAAGGAAUCGUUUCCAGUCACCAUCAAACACGUUUAUCGCCAAUUCCUUCGCAUCUUUGCGCAUAUAUAUCAUGCGCAUUUCCACCAGAUACUCCAUCUUCGCGCAGAGCCUCAUUUCAAUUCUCUGUUUGCCCAUUUCCUUGCCUUCGGUCGGGAAUACCAACUGUUGGAUGAGAAGGACAUCCGCGGUGACCCUAAUGCCCCAGUAGGUGUUGGGUUACUUUGGGAGCGGUGGAAAACGUCCGGUAAACUUGAGAAAGGUGCUGGCGAGGCUUAGGCAUUGUUAUGUUUUUCUUCUCCUUCUAAGUUGCGUGGAGUCUGGGUCGAUUUAUACCAUCAUGAUUUCGAAAUCAGGAACUGUAAUCAUAGACAACAUAGGAUGGAUUCAUUUUGACAGGAUCGUGUUAUCGAUGGGAUACCUUUCAAUAACUUGAGACCCUAUGUACAUACAUAGGAACUGGAGGUUGAUCUAGGUCGAUAGAGGUUGAACGUUGACGCGUUGACGCGCGCGUCACUCACGAGAAAUAUUUUUCGCAAUGCGGCGUUUUCUUUCUCACGGGCAGUAAC